UAAACAUCCGCAGAACCAUCCGGAGGUGGCCAGCUAAACAAUCCCCCCCCCCACCCGGUCACGAUGGAUGUUACUCUGAUCGUGAAGGCGUCGAACCAGCAGUGCGAGGAUCUGACCAUUAAAUGCGAACCUUCGUGGACCAUCCGACGCCUGAAGGGCCACCUGACGGAGGUGUACCCCGGCAAACCGAAUUCCGAUGAGCAAAAGUUGAUCUACUCAGGCCAGUUGCUCGGUGACAGUGUGGUACUCAAGGACAUCCUCCGGCAGUAUGAUGGACAACAGACGCACACAGUUCAUCUAGUUUUCACGCCAAAGAAUCACUGUUACAGUAGCAGCAGCAGCAUUGCCAGUAAAUCUCCCACUACGAAAAUGGCGGCCAACCAGAAUCCAUCAGCUAGCUGUUCUUCAUCUACUGCCAAUCUCGGUGCUACUGCUGCUAGUGGUGUCACCGAAGACGCUGGAUCGCUGACCUCGCAGGAACGUGAAAGCGCAGGUUCGUCGAUCGACAAUGGAGGGCUUCGCCAGCGCAUGACCAGACCUACGCUGCGAACGCUUCCCGGGACAUCUGCCCUCAUGGAGGAAACGGCAGCCCUGCAGAGUUUCGUGCAGCAUACCUACAUGCAGUACCUCAACCAAUACAUUAAUCUAAUAAAUUCCGGACAGAACAAUGUGAACGCUUACGCUCCACCCGGAGUCUCUUUGGCAAACGCUUCGCUCGAGACUUCUGCUAGUUCAGCGACGAUAGCAUCCGCUCCUACGGUGGUUCCGGCAUUCAGUCAACCUAUCGCGCCUGGGGCAUUUGCCAACUUUCCGACAGUCUACUAUCCCUGUAUGAUGCCCGCCGGUGCGCUGCCUUCCGGCAGUAGCAUUCCUGUGGCGAUGAGCGCCCCAGGAACACAGCCUGUAGUUGCGGCUUCCAGUUUUCUGACACCUUCCGUUCCCAAUCCUGCACCUAGUUCAUCUUCGGUAGGCACACCGACCGUUGCAACGACCAAUCAACAAGUUUCCUUGGCUAGCAGCAGCAGCAGCAGCAGUUCGCCAUCUGGCUCCUCACCAACGGCGCCAGCCGCUGAUGAGGCACCAACGGUGGCGACAGCUCCAGCACAGCAGGUGGCUGCCCAAGACCAAGCUGUUGCGGAUGCUCCUGAUGCUGCGGCUGCUCGGGGUCAACGUCGGUUCCCGAAUAUCGUGGUGGAAGAGCAGGAGAACAACGAUUGGCUUGAUGUGUUUUUCAGCAUGUGCCGAGUCGGCAUACUGAUGACGGUCAUUUACGUUUACUCUUCACCAAUGCGCUGUUUCACCGUGCUGAUGAUCGGUGUGAUGUUGUACUUGAAAAAGCAUCUCGAUCGUCUUUCGCAAGCGGUCGAUAGGCGUGGGGCCGAUGCUCCUCAGCCGGCGGCCGCAGGUGAUCAGCAAAAUAAUAACAACGUACCUGGAGCGGUUCCCCAAGAGCAGCGGCUGGAACCGACGGCUACCGAAGAACAACCAGUGGCAGGCAAUUCGCCGGAUUCACCUACGGCCGAAUCGCUCGACCAAAGUUCGAAUGUUGGAGAAGAUGCCCCUGCCACUUCAGCCACGCGCAACAGCGGCACCCGCAGUCCUUCUGCAAUGCCUCGUCCACGCACCGGUCCGGCAGCUGCCAGCAGCAGGACAACGGAAGCCUCGGCCGUUGAACAGCAAGCAGCACCGAUUGGCAGUGAGCUGGCCAACGUGGAACAACCUGCUACUGAGGGGCAGCGAAUGACUUUGAAUGACAUGACGUCCUUCCUCGGGACGCUUGUGAUAACGUUUUUCACCUCGAUUAUCCCGGACACUCCGGCGGCGUAAAGAAAACAAGAGGCAAAACAGUAAAAAGGCAAAUUGCCAGCCGACAGGAUCUAGCUUUGUAUAGACUUUUUGCUUCCCCAUUACGCAGUUUCCGGCACAUGUAGAUGAUGGAUGUUCGAAAAGAAAACGGAGUUAACCGGAAAGUGUUGAGCACCAUCCAAUGUUGUGUUUAUUGAUGUCUUGAAGACACUUUUUCGAAGCGCUCAUUGUUGUUUUGUUUUAGUUUUUUUUUUCUAUUUCCGCUUAAUGUUCGGUCGGUUAAGCGUUCCGGCGAAGGAAGCGAGUAGCAACGUAAACAUUUAUUAAACUAAAUUAAUCCACACCGCAGCACGGUGGACGGUGCUAGAAAGACUACCAUUUACAAACAAACCAGAGUUCGUCGCAUCGUCGCACUGUGUAUGAUACGCGUUUGGGACAGCUUCCCGCUGGGAGGGAACGCGGUUAUCGAUGAUAAAAAUAAUCAAGAAGGUAGCCCCAACUAUAUUAGAUUAAGGUGGCGCGCAUAACGUUGUCGACAGGGACACGCAUAUGUAUUAAUGGUGAAAAGUGUAUCAUCUGUGACCGUCUGAGCUGGGAUCGUCAAAGGUUACGGCUUUAAUGUAAGUGUAUAACAGUGUAGAAGUUGAUCGUUAGUAUCGUUUGAAUAAAAAGAAAAUCACCAAUUCACUCGCAAAUGAUCAAAAAACAAAAGAGAAAAUGGUCGGUCCUCUCACAUUAUUUUACUUAUGUCCUUGCUUUACUGUCUUAUUCCUUUCCCUAGUUAGAGUACUGUUAUGAUGUGGAGAACGCUUAGAAGAACCGUGUUGAGACUCCAAUCACUCCAAUCCCUUUCCUCAGUAUUAUUCUUUAGCAGCUCCGACAAACGACGUGAAGAACAGCUUACAAGCUCGAACUUUUUACAAGGCGACCUUUUUGACCAUUUUAUCGGUGAAGAUUAACAACUGUUUAUGAUGUUUUAAUUAGAGAUGCU